AUGGUCGCGCUCGCGCCUACUGCAGCUGGCAAGCCCGGGGGUGUAUCCAGCGGCCAGGUCGCGGUUGCCGUGCUUGCGCUCGUCGCGAUGUUCAUGCUGGGGCGGAGAAUGGGCGGCGGCAGGCUGGACGAUGGCGCGGAGCCAGGGACGGCGAUACAACCAUGGUACGGCGCCGCGGGCGGUUGGGUGGCAGCUACCGGCAGCGCUCUUUCAGAGGAGAGCACGGCGUGCAUGGGCCAGGCCGAAUCGCUGUCCGCCUCUGU